UGUGUCAGAUUUUUAAUAAUUUGUUGAUAAAUAUAAAUAAAAGUUUUGGUUUUUUUAUUUAAUACUUGUGAGGUAAUUUUAUUUUUAAAUUAAUAUAUAUAUAAUUACUAAGUGGAAAAAUGGGGUGCGAUGGAGGAACUAUUCCACGACGUGAUGAACUUGUGAGGAUUAAAAAGAAACCUGAACAAAAAGACAAAGAUUCCGAGCUGGCAUUCCGAUGGAAGCAUUGCACAAUAAAGCAGAUGCCCUUGCAGCAGCCAAUAGUGAGCUGUGGCCUGGGAAAACUCUACAGCAAAGAAGCAGUGAUCGAAGGACUGUUAGACAGAUCAAUUCUCCCCGAGACCGCUGUUCACAUAAAGAGUUUAAAGGACGUAAAAACCCUAAACUUGACUCCAAACCCCUCCUACGAGGAGAACAAGGCGGAGACAGGAGACGGGUAUGCCGGCGACGCCAAAAGUCCGUUCAUUUGUCCGCUGAUUGGGCUGGAGAUGAACGGAAAGUACAAGUUCUGCUACCUGUGGACCUGCGGGUGUGUAAUGAGCGAGCGCGCUCUCAAGCAAGUAAAGUCCACUGUCUGUCAUCGCUGUCAGGUCGAGUUCCAGCCGAAGGACGUCGUGGUGCUCAAUGCCGAGGGUGAAGACUUGGAUCUGAUGAUCGAAAAUAUGCAGGCGAGAAAAGUUAGCAAGAAGUCCAAGAAACGUCCCAAGGAACCUGAGGAGGCGGUUGAGAAGAAAAAGAAGAAGGAGGACAAAGAAAAGCCCGGGACCAGCAAGGCCUCCAAGUCUUCUACAGCCACUCAGGAGCCAGUCGACCCUGCGUUUAAGAAAAUUAAAGAGGAUUACAGUAUUGCCAAGGACCCCAACGCUUCCGAGGUCCUCAAGAGUAUUUUUACGACACAUAAAUCUGCUGCUGAGCAAACUAAAGCUCAUUGGGUUACUUAUAAUCCCUUUUAUAAUUAAGUAUUUUGUAAAUAUAAUUUUUAUGGUUGAAGUUUAAGUUUAGAUAAGGAUUAUUUGUGAUUAAAUAAUAAAAACUAGCAACCUUGCAGACACUAGGACUACUGUGAUUUGUGAACUGUAAAUAAAUAAAAUU